CAACCCGGAUAGCUCUAAAACCCUAAUCUCCUCCAUUAAGCCCUCAUUGGGUAACACUUCUGGUUUUCUUUCACUUCGCCACCUCUUCCGUUCACAACCACUCCGUUUAUGCCGGAGGUGGCAGGAGGUAGUAAGCAGGUAGAAGAUUAUAGCUCAUUCUCAAGACUUGUAGCCUUUAAGCCCCGGCAGGUUCUACUUGCAGAGAAAAAGCAGCUACCUAAGCAGCAACCCGGAUUGACAAUGACGAAGAAGCAUGAUAAAGAGCAGCUUAACCAGAAAACAGACGUCCUGAAGGACGAUCAGAAGCUUGCUCUGCUUCAUUCAGUUGUCAAGUACAUCAGUGAUAAAGGGUUUGCUAAAACCUUAAAAAAGUUCCUCAAAGAAGCUCAAGUAAAGGAUGAUGCUUGGAAGGGAAGUUCAAUUGACUUGGAGUGCAUUUACAGCAAAUAUUUGGAAACUUGGUAAGCCAAAAAUUCGAGAUUGGGGUUGUUGCAAAGUUUGAACUGGAAAUUUUAGUUUUAGUUAAGCACUACUUUAUUCUCCUGAUAAUUGUGAUUCUUAAAAUUUGUCAUCUGAAGGAGUACCGUUAUCUGCUUUUAUUGAAAUUCUAAUAUGCUAUUGGUAUAGACUAAUGGCAUAUUGCCACGGGGGCUCUGUUGUGCCAACCCAACAAAAAAAAGAAAAAAAAUUAGAAAGAUUAUUACGGUGGUACAUUGUAUCUCUGAAUUAAUUGGCUGCAAAGACUGUUGUACUAGAAAAUUUGUCAUAUAAACUUUAUUAAAGUUCAUUUUUUUUGUUUGGACUAAUCUUUUUUUGAGCUGUGUGUGAAAUGCUAACUAUGAAUGUAUCUUGAGGAUUUCCAUUGUGAAUGGAGAUCAUUUUUAUGUAAUGGUUGAUACCAGUUUCUGGUCUCAUGCUAGUUGAGCUUUUGAUGUGCAGUAGAAAUGAUGAAACAAAAGCCAAAAGCAUCAUGGAGCAAGGAGAAUGUGUUAAGGGAACAAUGUUGAAAGAUGCUGAGUCUGAUGUUGUUAAAGAUUUGCCUUCAGUAAUUGUUAAUAAGAAGAAAAAGAAGAAAAACAAAGAAAAUGAUGACAGCGCCAAAUCUUCUGUUCCAGCGGUCAAGAGUGAUAACUCAACUGAGGAUCUAAAAGGCAAAGAAAAGAAGCAGAGGAGAGAUAAAGAGACUUUGACAGAAGAUGGUGGUAACAAAAAGAAAAAGAAAACUGAAAAUGAUGAGGAUGUUAAAUCCUCUGUUCCCGACGUUAAACAGGAUGAUUCCUUGAAGGAGCCAGCUGACAAGAAGAAAAAGAAGAAGAAAAGUGAAUUGACAUCUGAAUCGCAAGAAGAAAAUGGGACACUGGACAGUGAUAGAACUGAAGCCAAAGAAAAGAAGAAGGGAAAAAAGGAUUCUUUAGUUGAAGCAUCUGAUAAUGGUGCGGAAGUGUUUGUUAAAGCACAAUCACAUGCUACCUUGGACGCUGAAACUGAUAACAAGUCAAAGAAGAGGAAAAGGUCUGCUUCUGAUGAAAGUAAUGAAACACAGACGGAAGUUGUUGAAGAUUUUAAGAAGAGAAAAACUGAAGGUCUUAAAGAAGCUGAGGUUAAUGGCGAAACUAAAGAGGAUAAUGGCACUGGAAGUCAAUUGAAGACACCAAAGCCAACUAAGGAGUUUGAUGAGAGUGAAAAGGGUAGUCUCAUGAGCAAUGGAGUUGGCAAAUUUUCAGACAAGAAAAGUGCAAAGAAGCUACGAAAUGGUUCUGCUGAGCCAAAAACAGUAAAUGCUUUUCAAAGGGUGAAAGUUGAUGCAGUGGAAUUUGCUGAUGAGAGACUUCAGGAUAAUUCCUACUGGGCUAAGGGUGGUGCAGAAACUGGUUAUGGUGCAAAAGCUCAAGAAAUCCUGGGUCAGGUGAAAGGAAGGUAGAAAUUUAUUUCUUGACAUUCUCAUUCCCGAUUAUCUUUCAUUCCCCAUUUCUUAUCAUGGGAAAUAGUACCUCACACAAGGGAACGUUGUUUUUGAUAUUGGGAUAAAUAUGGGAGAGGGGGGACACUAGCCAACCAUUUUCUUUUCAUAAGAGUGAUGAAAGCUAAAUAAUAUGUGUUCUUACUUCAAUUAUCAGUCAACUUUUUCGAUGAAAUAGAAUUGUGUAUAAUGGUGAUGAUACUAAUGUAUAAUAGUGAUGAUGGAAAUGUGUUUGUAGGUUCUGUUAGCUUUUACAGUAUUUUUGAAGUUCAUUUUAGCUUCGAUAUGCUACUGGACAUCUUCGCUUUAUUAAAACAACUCAAGAUGAGACAUUUAUACCUGUUAUGUAGGAGUAUUACAAAAUGAUAUAUCAUGCAAAAAGCAAGUACAAGUUGAGUUUGAAGGAAAAUAAAUAGGUCAUACAUGGAUAGAACAAGUUGUAUAAGAUUUCGUACUAAUCUAAAUGAAUAUCUUUCUUAGAGUGUUGGUUGGGCCUGGAUACAACAAAGUUUUGUUUUCUAUAGUGCACCUAGUUCAACCUCUCAAGCUAUCUGGAAUUUUCCAUAUGUCAUUUCUGUUAAUCAUCUUUAACCGAAAUGAGCCCCUUCAUUUCUGAUCUCAGGGACUUCCGACACGAAAAGACCAAGAAGAAGCGCGGUAGUUACAGAGGAGGACAGAUCGACUUGCAGUCUCAUUCAAUUAAGUUUAAUUACUCGGAUGAUGAGUAGUCUGGGACACCUUAUUGCAAGUGAUUUGGUUCCCCUAUAAAUUUUGGCACGAUUAUGCUACUUAUAAGUUUUGGUUAUCAACGUUUGUGAUCUAUCAAAGUUGGGGUUGUUUAUACUUUGUAGCAAGUAUUCCAAUUGAGAAUCUGUCAUGUAGAACUAGCCAGCUUAUUGAAUCCAUUUUUCUUUUUCUCCCCUUUUUUUGGUCUUUGAAGUUUACUCAUUUUGCGAUUUUGCCCUCCUAAUUAUGUUAUUGGGUUAAGUUUUACUCCCUAAUUUGCAUUUUUUAAUUAAAAUUUGAAAAUCCCCAUUUCCCAAGUAGAAGGUUUGCAAAAGCACUGACAUUUUAUAGGUACAAAUGUAUGUUCAUUAGUCAUGAUUGGAAUUUGUAUCAAUGCUUUCGUACUAUUUUGUAACUUGCAUUGACUAUUUACAAAUUGAGAAUAGCUGUCAAAAUUUGCUAUAAAUCAACUGGAGGUUAAGUGGAACAACAAGGGUUACACACCCUCGCUUGAAGAGUACUUAUAGAAUGGAUAAAUGUCCUCCUCUGGCCCUUUGACUAGCUCACCUUGCAAUUCUUGGUGUAGCAGAUGGAAACACUAAGAAUAGGUAAUCAGGAUAUCAUGUAACAUUUCUUCACUCAUUAUUCCUCUUUGUAAUGAUCAAGCAACAUCUACGGUAUGAAUUAGGGUCAUCAAAAUUUUUUUUACUUCAUUUUUAAUUAAUUACG